AGAGGAAGUGCCCUCGAAAAAACACACUCAGACAGCAGGAACAACAUGGGACAAACAAGCAGCUUCUUCUUCUCUCCUCACAUGACGGUGUAAAGUGUCUGUAAGCUGAUCUGAACUCAGUCUAACAGGCCAGCCCAGUGACUGACCAGUGACUGACCAAGGGUGUGCCCCACUGAGACCUCUGGUUAUGGUGUUGUGGUGAACAGACGCAGGCUGGAUGCUCUGCCUGAACUUUGAUAUCAACUCUUUGCACUAAGAAAACCUGAGCAGAUCAAGAAUAAGUGACAUAAUCCAUGCAGCCACACAGGAAACCAACAGCUAACUAAGGACUUAUUUUCAAAUAAAUCCCUGCAGGCAUGGAGAAGGUGGAGAAGGAUGACCCACCACUCAGUGAAAUCUUGUGUGCAAUCAGAGAGCUAAAGGAAGACUUUGCAUCAAAGUUUGAAAUAGUCAAGUCAGUGCAGUCCAAGCUAGAAAAUGAUUCCUCAGCGCUGAAUAACACAACACAGCAGCUUCAUCAGAAAAUUGAGAGCCUAUCUGAAAUAAUAGAAGAUCUUAAAAACCCUAGGUGCAGAUCCAACACACAGCUUGAAGGCUCACCAGAAAAUACUGAGGGGAAAGAUGCAUGUGCUCUUCUGGAAAAAUGCAUACCUGAAGUGAGGGGCACUGAUUCCUUUUCAACACCUGUUGUUGUUAAGAGGAUGCACCAAAAUCCAUCUGGUGGAGACAAGAACAGAGCAGAGGAGCUGCAGGCACCAGGUGGGAGAUCUUCUAAGGAUCAGAGAAAGGACAGACAGGAAGGAGCCGCUCCCUCUGCAAACACUCUGAGUGGGGAACAUGAAGACCAGACCAAAGCUCUGAGCCCACGUCAGCUCAGACCAGACUCUCCUGGACCUGGAUCUGCUCCCAGCUGUGUGUCCUUCAGCAGUGGCCAGUCCAAAGAUGAACCACUUAAGUUUAAAGCUGGUCUCCAGUCUACAAUGAAAAGCCCACGUCAGUUCAGACCAGACUCUCCUGGACCUGGAUCUGCUCCCAGCUGCGUGUCCUUCAGCAGUGACCGGUCCAAAGAUGAACCACUUAAGUUUAAAGCUGGUCUCCAGUCUUCAAUGAAAAGCCCACGUCAGCUCAGACCAGACUCUCCUGGACCUGGAUCUGCACCCAGCUGUGUGUCCCUCAGCAGUGACCGGUCCAUAGAUGAACCUCUUUACUUCAAAGCUGGUCUUCAGUCUACAGUAAAAAGAGCUCAGCAGCAGAUAUCAGAGGUUCCCACUGGUUCCCAGUUCAACUCCAUAUUUACGAUGCUUGAGGAGAACAUUAUCUUGUUUGUAAAGAGCGAGCUGAAGAAGAUCCAGAGAUCUCUGAGUCCAGAUUACCCAGAAUACUUAGAGAGUCAAAGGGAGGGUGAGGAGGUGUUGGAUGAUGAAGAAGAGGAGCAGAGGAGGAGCAGCAGGGAGGCGUUUCUGAAGAUAACUGUGAACUUCCUGAGGAGAAUGAAGCAGGAGGAGCUGGCUGACUGUCUGAGAGAUGGAGAGAGGAAAUGGAGUCAACAUGGGACAGGAACUAGUUCUUCAGACUGCCAAAGUAAACUGAAGUCUAACCUGAAGAAGAAGUUCCAGUGUGUGUUUGAGGGGAUCACUGAAGCAGGAAACCCAACCCUUCUGAAUCAGAUCUACACAGAGCUCUACAUCACAGAGGGAGGGACUGGAGAGGUCAACGAUGAACACGAGGUCAGACAGAUCGAAACGACAUCCAGGAAACUAUACAGACCAGAAACAAUCAUCAGACAAGAAGACAUCUUUAGAGGCAUACCUGGAAGAGAUGAACCAAUCAGAACAGUGAUGACAAAGGGCGUAGCUGGCAUCGGGAAAACAGUCUUAAUACAGAAGUUCACUCUGGACUGGGCUGAAGGCAAAGCCAACCAGGACAUCCAGUUCACCUUCCCAUUUACUUUCAGAGAGCUGAAUGUGCUGAAAGGGAAAAAGUUCAGCUUGGUGGAGCUUGUUCAUCACUUCUUCACUGAAACCAAAGAAGCAGGACUCUGCAGGUUUGAAGAGUUCCAGGUGGUGUUCAUCUUUGACGGUCUGGAUGAGUGUCGACUUCCUCUGGACUUCCACAACAACCAGAUCCUGACUGAUGUUCAAGAGUCCACCUCAGUGGAUGUGCUGCUGACAAACCUCAUCAGGGGGAAGCUGCUUCCAUCUGCUCGCCUCUGGAUAACCUCACGACCUGCAGCAGCCAAUCAGAUCCCUCCUGAGUGUGUUGACAUGGUGACAGAGAUCAGAGGGUUCAGAGACCCUCAGAAGGAGGAGUACUUCAAGAAGAGAUUCACAGAUUAUGAGCAGGCCAGCAGAAUCAUCUCCCACAUCAAGAUAUCCAGAAGCCUCCACAUCAUGUGCCACAUCCCAGUCUUCUGCUGGAUCACUGCUACAGCCCUGGAGGAUCUGCUGAAGACCAGAGUGGGAGGAGAGCUGCCCAAGACCCUGACUGAGAUGUACAUCCACUUCCUGGUGGUUCAGACCAAAGUGAAGAACAUCAAGUAUGAUGGAGGAGCUGAGACUGAUCCAUACUGGAGUCCAGACAGCAGGAAGAUGAUUGAGUCUCUGGGAAAACUGGCUUUUGAGCAGCUGCAGAAAGGAAACCUGAUCUUCUAUGAACCAGACCUGAUGGAGUGUGGCAUCGAUAUCAAAGAAGCCUCGGUGUUCUCAGGAGUGUUCACACUGAUCUUUAGAGAGAAGAGAGGACUGUACCAGGACAAGGUGUUCUGCUUCAUCCAUCUGAGCGUUCAGGAGUUUCUGGCUGCUCUUCAUGUCCAUCAGACCUUCGCCAAGUCUGGAGUCAACCUGAUGGCAGAAGAACAAACUCCAUCACUGACCCCUAAAAGAGUCAGUUACAACAAUAUGCUGAACCAUCUCCAUCAGAGUGCUGUGGACCAGGCUUUGAAGAGUCCAAAUGGACACCUGGACUUGUUCCUCCGCUUCCUCCUGGGUCUUUCACUGCAAACCAACCAGAAUCUUCUAAGAGGUCUGCUGACACCGAUGGGAAGGACCUUAGAGACCAACCAGGAAACAGUCAAGUUCAUCGAGACAAAGAUCAAUGAGAGUGUGUCUGCAGAGAAAAGCAUCAAUCUGUUCUACUGUCUGAAUGAACUGAAUGAUCGUUUUCUGGUGGAGAAGGUCCGAGACUCCCUGACAUCAGGAAGACUCUCCACAUAUGAACUGUCUCCUGCUCAUUGGUCAGCUCUGGUCUUCAUCCUACUGUCAUCAGAGGAAGAUGUGGAGGUGUUUGACCUGAGGAAAUACUCUGCUUCUGAGGAGUUUCUUCUGAAGUUGCUGCCAGUGGUCAAAACCACAGAGAAAGUUCUGUUGAGUGGAUGUAACCUGUCAGAGAGAAGCUGUGAAGCUCUGUCUUCAGUCCUCAGCUCUCAGUCCUCCAUUCUGAGAGAGCUGGACCUGAGUAACAACGACCUUCAGGAUUCAGGAGUGAAGAUGCUUUGCGUUGGACUGGGGAGUCCACACUGCAAACUGGAAGCUCUUAGUCUGUCAGGCUGUAUGAUCACAGAGGACGGCUGUUCUUCUCUGGCCUCAGCUCUGAACUCCAACCCCUCCCAUCUGAGAGAGCUGGACCUGAGCUACAACCAUCCAGGAGACUCAGGAGUUCAGCUUCUGUUUGCUGGACUAGAGAAUCCACUGUGGAGACUGAAAAGCCUCAGGAUGGACCACGGUGGAGAGCUGAGGUUAAAACCUGGUCUGAAGAAGUAUUUCACUGAACUCACACUGGACCCAAACACGGCAUACAAAUACCUCAAUCUGUCUGAAGAUAACAGGAAGGUGUUAAAAUUGUACGAGGAUCAGCAAUAUCCUGAUCAUCCAGACAGAUUUGACUACUGGGAACAGCUGCUGUGUAGAGAUGGUCUGACUGGUCGCUGUUACUGGGAGGUAGAGCAAGGCGGAGAGGGUGAAAUAUCAGUGAGUUACAGAGGAAUCAGGAGGAGAGAAAGGAGCGAUGACUGUAGGUUUGGGCGUAAUGAUCAGUCCUGGAGUCUGAGCUGUGAUUCUGAAAGUUUCUCUGUCUAUCACAAUAGCAGAAGCAUAGCCUUCCUUCUCCUCAAGCUCCCCUCCCCUAGAAGAGUAGCAGUGUAUCUAGACUGUCCUGCUGGCUCUCUGUCCUUCUACAGCGUCUCCUCUGACACUCUGAUCCACAUCCACACCGUCAACAACACAUUCACUGAACCUAUCUAUCCUGGGUUCUGGUUGUCGCGUGGUUCAGUGUCUCUGUGUUCUCUGUAGGAGGGAGAGUCUCUUCCUCUUCACAAACAUUAAAUGCUGAGUGUUUUCUCCUUAGGAGAUAAUAAAGUUCAUCACAAAUUUUUACAAACAUUUGAACACAUUUCCAGAAACUGAGGCUCAAUUUCUCCAAAGUCAAACCAAAAAAGUUCAAAAGUCUUCAAAUGUCUUCCAGAAUGAGCCACAGCACUCUAAACCAUGUUCUCUCUCCUCCAAACUGAUUAGUUCCUCCAAAACCAAACACACAGCUAUCACCUGGCCGAAGAAGUAACAGAAAGAGCAUUUAUUAACCUUAAGUAUAAUCAAAACAGCUUAAGCAGCACAGCAUUUAAAAAUCACAUACUGUAACUAUUAAGUUUGAUCUAAUCACAUAGAGUAAGGGAAAAGUUGAAGUAAAAGGUGCCUACGUGUAAGAAAAAGGGAAGUUCAGAGUGAAGACGAUGUCUCUGCCAGUAAGGGUCAGUUACAAAAGGGAAGUGAAGAAUAGCCGUUGAGGGAAAGAGGAACUUCUAGCUCCUAGAGAAGCAGAAGUAACCUGAUAGCAGUCGGAGUGGAAAAAUACUGUUUGAUGAUUUUUAUUGUAACCAAUCAGCAUUUAACCAUAUGAACAUGAUUUGUAUGCUAUGCUCAUGCUAAUUUGCAAUAAAAGCACUUAACCUGCAAGUACAGUUUUAAGACUUUUUAUUCCAUUUUUCUCACACCUCAAUGCAAUUGUGGUCUCAGGUGGUGUGCACGCUGCUAAAAGUAAAGGUUCUUAUAGGUUGCUCCAAUCCAAUUAAAAAUAAAAACAGGUCCUUGGGAUCGUUUUUCCAGAUCUCUAAAACAUUCCCCAGCAACUAACAAAUGCACAGAUCAUGAGAGAGUAGCUGUCGUUAACAAAUGUGUACACUGAUGAAGUAUUAUUCAAUGGUAUUUCUCGGUGUAGGAAGCAGGGCAGGCAUUUGGAAGAAGACAGUUAGGUAGCUGGGCCUGAAGUACUCUCGCCCUCCAGGUUAAACAGUUAAUAGCUAUUCUGUCUGCAUCCUCCAGUAGAUACCUUGUUAACCCGACCUGUUGGAUGGAGGCCUGGAACAUAGCCUCCUGUACUGGGGAUUGUGGGAUCAACGACAA